AUGCUCGGAAUCGACUACCCAGACAGUGACGACGAGGACGUCGUGCCCGCGACCAAGCCAGAGUUGACCAACAUUCCUGCAGCUGUCGCGCCUACCCCAGCGCCUCUCUCCGCUCCCGCGCCUCUCGAACAGCCGCCUACAUCGUCGGGUCCGGUGAGCGGCCCUGCGCAAGGUCCGACAGUUUCGCCGCCUCCAGAGGACGAUGCCAACGCGAACGAAGCCGCGCCAGGCUCACCACACACAGCUACACGUGCCCUGAUUCAGAACCUUACUCUACCUACCGUACCGAACUUCGAUAUACCGCCUUCUCCGCCGGGAUCACCACCACAGAAAGCGACGAAGAAGUUUGCGCAAUUUCUAGAGCUCAAGAAGAAGGGCCAGCAUUUCAACCAGCGCCUGGAAGGCUCGUCCGUGCUACGCGAUCCGGGACACAUGCGGAAGCUGAUGGGCUUUGCGGGAAUCAGCGAAGAGGACGCAUAUGCAUCUACACUGCCACAAGAUGUCGCGAUACCGGCAGUCUUCCCGGAGUGGGCCUAUGUCGAGGAAUUGAGGGCUUCACAGAAGCGCAUCGCAAAGACCAAAGAACAAGAGAAAUCCAAGGCACCGAGAGAAGCUCUCGAGUUUGUGUCCGCGUCCGCGUCCAAGACUGGCGCGUCGAGUGGAACGGGCACGGCGUCAAGCUCUGCUACGGGAAAGCGCAAGGAAUUGGAACAUAGAGGAAAGGACGAUCAGGGCACAAAGAGCAAAGUCAAGGUCGCCGAAGAGGAGACGAUCAAGGUCUAG